CUUGCACGGCGCUACGAGUACAGUUCAUACGUAGGAAUAUCUACGCUGGCUGGUGCUGACGUAGGGUAGGAUGAUGGGAAUGCAAUAGUCCGUACCAAGUACACUCAGCAAACAUGCCGGGGGAGGUAGUGAGUAGUCACCCUCAAGUUCCUUGGCUUCUGGAAAAGUCUCCCGGGGCUUGCGAGUUGGAGCUUUGGGCUGUUGCCAAUUGGGCGGGCGCACAUCGUGGGAUUUGAGGUGGUGCGACGAGCGGGGGCAAGCUUACCGAGUGAGGCACCGCGCACUCAGUACAGUACCUAUACCAGGUACCUACUUUCCAGCACCCACCAGCACCAGCACCACCAGCACCAGCCUCCGCCCAUCCCCUACACAACUCUCCCAGGGCCUGGCUGGGGGAAAUGCUUCUCAUGUUCGGCGGGCCUGCCAGCUCAACGAUUCCUCUGUGAUGCUUGGGUACCUUCCACCCCCGCUUCUUCCAGCGCGGCACUAAGAAAGUACAGUACUAGGUACCUGUACCUGCUAGGACCUGCUAGGUACUUGCUUGUACCGGUACCUAGUGACUUGCCUCCGCUCGAACCACCAGUCGUCGCUUCACACUCCGCCCACAACACCCUACUCUGAUAUCUCGAUACACAGAUACUUCCACAUUCAUCCCCAGGCCUCGCCUUUUCUUUGCCCGUGAUGACACCACAUUUGGUCAUCCCCCCUAGAAUCUCAUAAUUUCCUCGCUAAGGCGCGCCUUCCGCUGCCGUGGUUGUGCAGAACUAGGACCGUUAAAAUCAAGGUCAUCCAAUCCCUUCUAUCAUUGGCUGAGGUGAGUUUUUAAUGGCCCCUGGAACUGCUCUGCAUUGUUCAGUUACACAGGCCUAAAUUGAUGUGACACUGUGCGUGGCCUUUUUUUGGUCAAUCUUAGUCGACUUUCUUCCCAGGGUUGCAAGCUAAUUCCAGGCUCUCUUGAAGAUACUUCGUCGCCGCAGACUGAAGCUCUUCUGAAUCUCUAGCUAUCACUUCAACGAAAUUCCGAAUUUCAUUGAAACACUGCAAGGCGAGGCCGCUGGAAUUCCACCCUAGAAUAGAGGCUCGGAUCUUUUUCUAUCAAACAUCAGGUGGCGCCACUUUCCCCUAGGGAGUAUAAGCUCCGUGGUUGUAUGGGUGGUUUUGUUUUUACUGGUAGACAUUCCAGCCUCCUCCAUCUCUUUUCGGUGGUCGAUCCUGCUAUCGCCUGUAAACUAAUUUGGACUCGAAGAGAAUGCCACUAGUAAGCAUAAUCGUCUGGGAAAGUUGAAAUUAUAUAUCUGCUAGGUACCAAGUUCCAAUUCCCCGAUCAUCACCUACGAUCUCGAGACAAAAAUCCACUGAAACAUGUUGCUACCUAGAUCAAGUCAUGGCAUCCUCACAUACUCAGCAGUCAGUGAGUUCGGAAGACGAAGAUGACAUGUAAGAUUGCAAUCCGGGAAGUUACAAUCAUGACAUUCUGAUGAUAUUAGGGAUCUUGACAGUGGGCCAGAAGAACGCCAAUCUCAAACAAGCGUCAUCAGAAACCGCGAAAGCUUGGCCUUAAUUUCACGAGAUGCAACUGACUGGCUUCCACACAUCAAAACACUGCGAGAAACAGAUGUGAUUAUUCUUCUGACUCCCGUCGUCACUCCCAUCAGUCAGGAUCCAAACGAUUUAAGCGACCCUUUUGAACCUCUUGGUCGUUCACUUGCUAAGCGGCAUGCAAAAAUCAGACAAGUGCCUUAUACACAACGGUGAGAUUUCUAAAACGAAUACGCGAUAUUUCCUAACAUCUAUGUCUCAGAAACGGAAUUACUUCAACCCAUCUUGGAUUCAUUAAGAGGGGCCAAGUGAUUAUUUUAUGUUUUGCGCUUCGACCAGGUCAACAAAUUCCUAUGGAGUUUGCAGACAUCACAUUUGCUGUCAGUGAUAACAAACCUUGUAUCAUUGUUGUAUGCUGCAAUCCAAUCAACGAAAAUCUGGCCGUCCCAUUUCCUACUGUGAUUCAAACUGCUGGAUAUUCUCCCCCGGCUUUAGAGUCCACGGCAGCAUUGAUCUUUGGAGAGAUACCUUCUCGAGUAGAGCGCCCUCUAGAAUCCGACAAUGCAGACCCAAACAGCCCUCGUCUGUGGCCGGUGGAACAGUGGAUCGAAACAAGAGACGUAUCAAGUGUGUUGGAGUUAUGGAACCAGAAUAUUAAUGGUCGAUUCUCCCUCGACGAAGCAACCUUGGCAUCCCUGCUUCGCCGUCCUGGAUACGCAAAACAUUAUGUUGUUCGUGAUAUGAGUUCUGGAGUGAUACUGGGAUUUUGCGCUACAUACCUGGCAUAUGUUGACAAGGAAGGAGAGAAAUUGAUUGCAUCGCUAGCAGUGCUUCUCGUUCGAUCCACCCAUCGAAAACUGGGAAUUGGUCUGAGCUUGCACAGUCAUGCGGUCAGCCAGCUCAAAAGAACAAGAGGAGUAAUACGUUUACAAUUUGGAAGUACUUUCCCGAGACUUCUGUAUGGCCCGCCCCUUGAUACUCAAUUCAAUGAGGAAUGGUUUCGACGCAGAUCAUGGCAGCUGAGCAAGGAAAUCCCUGGACAAGGCCAAAUUGUAUAUGAUCUGAUCUUGGAUUUGGCGAAGUGGAAAAAUCCCUCGGGCUCUCCGUCGAACCCCGCGUUCAGGAUAUGUACUCAAGUAGAUAUGAUGAAAGUCAUUGAAAUGGUCGAAACUACUUCCGAGAAACAAGGGAAAAUGGGAUGGUUUGACCAGUAUAACGCUCUUAUGAAUGGUCCGAAUGUCAAGGAUAUCAUCAUAGCAGUCGAAAAUGGUGACGUGGUUGCAACGGCACUCACAUAUACGGGAGAGGGUAGCCCGAUUUCAUCCAACUUGCCGUGGGCAAGUCGAAUAGGGGAUGAUGUUGGGGGGGUUACAUGUAUUUGCAUAAGUCGUAAGUUUGUUUUGUUUUGUCAUCAACCAAUGUCUUUCUUCCUUCCUAGGUCAGGGGGUCAAAAAUCAUGCUAUAAUCAAUCCCCACGGAUACGCAGCAUAUUCUCACCAAUCCUGCCAACCAAAAGGUCCAGUCGAAGUUUCGCUAACCUCAAAUUAGCUUCACAGGAUCAAGACGUUUUGAAGGGUCUGCUGGAUGCUUGUGUCAAGAAUCUGCAGGCGCAGGGAAUGCGACGGAUGUUUCUCGACGGCGUGUCAAGUGGCCUCGACACCCUGAUAGAUUUAGGUAUGGACGUCCUUAGCGAACCGAACCUUAUACUCCAACUAACUCGCCCCCGUAGGAUUCGAGCAGUGGGCUCGCUACACAGAUGUUUGGAAAGACACUUGACAGGACGAAAGAGCCCAUCAUUUAUUUAUCAUGUUUUGAUAUCACCUCGUAGAAUAUAGCGGGAUGAUUUUCCUAUCUAGGGGAAAGAAAAGAAGAGGAGAAAGAUCUAGGCGUCGAUAAGUGGAGGUCUAACGGAACCAAGUACAGUACAUACAUAAAAGUAUCCCAACCUAAAUCUAGAAAAUA